AUGUCUAAUCAGACUCCAUAUAUUGGGAGUAAAAUUAGUCUAAUAUCGAAACUCGAUAUUCGCUAUGAAGGAAUACUCUACACUGUCGAUACGAACGAUUCCACGAUUGCAUUAGCGAAAGUACGAUCAUUCGGUACCGAGGACCGUCCAACGCCGAAUCCGGUCGAAGCACGUGACGAUGUUUAUGAGUACAUCAUAUUUAAGGCAAACGACAUAAAGGACCUCAUCGUAUGCGAAACACCAAAGGUUGCAACCCUCGCAGGUGGGCUUCCAUACGAUCCGGCGAUCAUAUCGGUGUCCGCUCGUACAGGAUCCGCUUCUGCCAACGAACAGCAGGCUUCCGCUGGUUCAUCUCGCUCCGAUACCCCCCAUCAUCGUGCCAGCCCCAACCUUGCUCAAGGCAAUCGAGCACCUGGUGCUGGACGGAAUGCAGCCGCUCGUACAAAUCGUGGGAACUUCGCACCGCCAGGUGAGUCCAAACGAGCCACGAAUGUAAUCGCUGAUGCUAUAUGA